AUGGCCGACGAAGAGUCAAAUCAUGCUAGGGUCGCGUACGACCCAGACCAAGACCCGGAGGAGACCCGCAACAUCAGGAGGCAGUUUCGACAUCUCGAGCAAGAGCUCACAGGUGCGAGAAAUUGUGCAGAAAACCAGGAUAUGAGCACCGAGGAGGUCGCGGAGAAGUUACGCAGCGCUAACCGGCUCUUCUCGCAAGUGCAGGCCAUCAAUGAGGCAACGAAGGACUCGAACCUGCUCGUGCGGUUCUCGCAGAUCGGCGCGGCGAAGGCGCGCGCGAUGAAGUCGGGCUCCGGCGCGUUCGAUGUCGACGACUUCGUCGCGCGACUGAUCACGUACAUGGGCGGCCGCAAGCCGCUGUCGCCCGCGGACGACGAGGACGACGAGGGGAGCGAGUACGAUGCGGGCGCGCCGCUAGACUGGGAGCGGAUCGCGCGACGUGCGCUCGCGAAGAGCAGGCGCGUGCCUGCGAUGGACUUUAUGCUGGGCCCGCUUUCCAUUGAGGCGAAGAAGCGCGCAGUUGCAAAGCGGUCAAAACUGGAGAAGAACAAAGAGGACAUGAAGAAGCCGCAGGAGAUUACAGAAGAUGAUAUCACGCGCUCCGAGAACGAGACGACGAAGAACGUUGCGACUAUCGAGACCAUUCUGGAGGGUAUCGAGGGGCCCACGAAUCUCUUCAAGUUCGUCAUCAAUCCGCACGACUUCGGCCAGUCCGUCGAGAACAUGUUCUACCUCUCCUUCCUCAUCCGCGACGGGAAGUGCAUGUUCGAGAUCGAGGAGGGCACCGGCGAGCCUGUCAUCAUGCUUUGCGAGCAACCGACACCAGAGGAUUACGAGGACGGCCUGCUGAAGCACCAGCUUGUGAUGGAGUUCGACAUGGACACUUGGCGGCGUGCUAUCGAGGUAUUCGAAAUCAAGGAGGCGAUGAUUCCCCAGCGACCAAAAUCCGAAAUGCGUAUCGGGCAGAAGUGGUACGGCUGA